AUGCCCGCCGCGGCACAUCACUGUCGCAGCUGUCGGCACGCUCCAGGGCACAUUCCUCCCGGAGCGAGGCAGCACAGCCAUUGGAGGCCCGGGAACGGGGCGACACCGGGCCUCAUGCGGCGGGGCUUCACGUUGAUUAGGCGACAUAUACGACACGUGCUCGCGAGGGACCGCCGGAACGGGAUCGUCGAGGCUGAAACCGCCAGCGCGCAAGGAUGGCACAGGAGCGCUAACAGCAGACCAGAUGCAGAGGGGCCGUCUGCGUCGCAGCGUCCGGCCGAGGCCCCGACCGCCCCGAAGGACGGCGCGAGCCACGCGUCCGAGCAUCCAGCUGCGGCCUCGGGGGGCAACGCGGGCCCCCCGCUGCCCUCGCAAGCCCACCCGGCGAGCCCAGGCGGUGCCCAGGGCUCAGCCGCCUCGCAGUCGGUCCUGACGCGCAACUACGCGUCGUCCGUGGCCGACACCCAGCAUGGCCCGAAGACACGGGACGGCGAGAGGUGGAAGGACAGGCGCCUGGAGGACAUGCGGCGGAGGAACGAGCAGCUCGGCAGCGGCGGUGCUCACAAGGUCCCGGGCGUCCGCCCUCGCGAAUCCAACGACCUCUCCGGCCAGUUCAGACCCGUGCAGCGCAGUCUCCGAGCGAACGUGGGCCGGCCGAACGGGCCCUCCUCGAACGGCGCCACCAGGAGCGCGCAGCCUGGUGCCGAGAGCGCGCCCACGCGCCCACCGGAGCCCCGCGCGCACAGCGGCGAAACGGAGGAGGCGUUGCCCUCGCCCGGGCCGUACGCUGCCGUCGGGAACGUCCCUGAUUUCCAGGCCGCGCAGGUCACGCACGCAGCGCCGCCCACGUCCCCGGCGCACCUGCCGCCUCCACCGCCGCCGCCGCCGCGGCCGGUGGCCCGUCCUGUGGGCAACGACCCUUUCAAACACCUCCAGGAGCACGCGACGGAGCCCCUCGCGGACGUCUCGGCGAACGCGCGGCCCGUCCCGCAGGCCGCGCACACAACGCGCGCGGCGCCACCGCCACCGCCCCCGCCCCCACAGCACCCGCGCGGACCCCCGCCGCCCCGGCCGAACGGGCAGGUCCCGUCCAGCGGCAGCUCCGGAGGCAGCGGCGGCGCCUCCGCGGACCGCGCCUGGCCCCCGCAGGACCCCGAGCCGGGCACGGCGAUGGCGCGGGGGCUCUCCGACGCGCAGACGUCAUUCGGCGCGGACGACGGUCCCGGCGGGGCGCCGUGGGGCGCCGGGUCCGGCACCGCGCCAGAGGUGCGGCGCGUGGCGUUCGAGUUGGUGCAGCCUGAGUACAUGGGGGGGGGUUUCCUGUGGUCCGACUUGGAGCGCGCUGACGUGGACGGGACGACGUACGUGGUGGACGACGACGGCGAGACGCGGCGGUACUUCAAGGAGCACACGCUGCAGUGCCGCGUGGUGCCUGACGCGGCAGGGGGGGGUCAGCGCAACGAGGUGGACCCGGAGGUGUAUUGCGUGACGGACGACAACGCCGGCGACGCGCAGCGCGUGGCGGACUUCAUGAUGCGGCUCGCGGAGGAGCGCGGGCCCGGCGCGGUGUUCGCGUGCGACACGGAGGUGGCCAACAUCACGCUGCCCGACCAGAGCCCCGUCGGCCACGGGUCUGUCAUCGCGCUCAGCGUGUACGCCGGCGCGGACGUGGACUUCUCCGGCGGCGCGUCGGAGGUGCCGCAGGACCAGCUGUGGGUGGACCUGGGCGGGCGGCGGCGCGAGGAGAUCCUGGACGCGCUGCGGCCGUUUCUGGAGAGCGUGCAGGUGCGCAAGGUGUGGCACAACUACGGGUUCGAUCGGCACGUGCUGGAGAACGAGGGCGUCGCGCUGCGGGGGUUCUCGGGCGACACGCUGCACAUGGCGCGGCUGUGGCGGACCGAUCUCGGCGGGAAGGAGUACUCCCUUGCCAGUCUGACGUCGCGGGCGGACCUCAUGGGCGGGCAGUGGGUCCACGAGGUGGGCGGGAAGGUGGGCAUGAAGGACAUCUUCAGCUUCCGCACGGAGAAGCGCCAGACGAAGAAGGCCGAGGCCGAGGGCGCGCCGCCGCAGCUCACCUCUGAGAAGCUCGCCAAGCUGCCCGCCAUCUGGGAGAUGCACACGCACCCGCUCCUGCGGCCGGCGUGGAUCAAGUACUCCGCGCUGGACGCCAAGGCGACGUGGAACCUCUACCGCAGCCUCGCGACGCGCCUCGCGCGCGAGCCGGCGUCAGUCGGGCAGCUCCUGCGCGCGACGUACCCCGAGGUGCAGACGUCUCUGGACGUGUACCGGUCGUUCUGGCUGCCGUUCGGCGAGCUGCUGACGUCGAUGGAGAGCGCGGGCUUCCUCGUGAACCGCCCGCACCUCGCGGAGGCGGAGGAGCGCGCCAUCGCUGACCAGCGCGCCGCGAUCGAGACCUUCCUGGCGUGGGCGUCGCGCUGGGUCCCCGACGCGCGCCUGAUGAACAUCUCGUCCGGGCAGCAGGUCGGGAUCCUCCUGUUCGGCGGAAUUCAGCGCGCGGCGGACUCCGUGACGGGGUGCCGGCUGGACAUGACGACGGCGGAGACGGUGGAGGCGGCGGCGGCGGAAAGCGAGGGCGAGAGCGACGGCGAGGAGGGCCCGCGGGCGCGCGGUGCGAGGGGGGCGCCGAAGGAGCCGAAGGUGCCUGUCUGGAAGGAGAUCAAGGUGCCGAAUACGGAUGGGUGGGUCGAGCCCGGCGGGAAGCGCGCGAAGGUCAACCGGCCGAUCGUUCUAGGCAACUUGUGGGGCGCGGAGGCGCUUCAGAGGAUGUUCGAGGGCGGGGGGCACCCCGCGCUGCCGACGUCGUUUACCGCCAAGGACGGCGGGCCUGCCACGUCGUCGGCCGUGCUGCGGAAGAUGGCGGGGAAGCCCGGCGCGGCGCGGCGCCUCCUGAAGGACAUGGGGGUGGAUUUGGGACUCAGCGAAGUUGACGUGGGGCUCGCAUCCGACGAGGAUGACCUCCUGGACGCCGCGGACGACGCUGCAACGGUCGCGUCCGCGCCGAAGAAGGCGGCGCGCAAGGCCGACGAUGCAGCCGGGACCAGCGCAGAGGCCGACGUGACGGGCGGCGAACGCGCGACCAUCCCGCCUGCGUACACGGCGGAGGAUACGCCGGCGGUGGUGCCGUACGGCGCAGAGGACCCUCGGCUGCGGUGGCUCGAGAUGUCGCAGGCGGAGCGCGACGCGCUGGACGCGUACGCGAAGGAGAACGGUCUCGGCGCGCUGUACGCGGCGUUCGGGGGCGGCGAGGAGGGGCUGCGCGCGUGCGCGGCGGUGGACGCGCUGUGCGAGGUGGGGCUGAUCGACAAGCUGCUGUCGUCGUUCAUCCGGCCGCUGCAGGGCGACGACAUCUCCACGCCGGACCACCGCGUGCACUGCUCGCUCAACCUCAACACGGAGACCGGGCGGCUGUCGGCGCGCAACCCCAACUUGCAGAACCAGCCCGCGCUCGAAAAGGACCGCUACAAGGUGCGCGCCGCGUUCUGCGCGAACGCGCGCGAGGGCCGCUCACUGAUCGUCGCGGACUACGGGCAGCUGGAGCUGCGCAUUCUCGCGGCGAUCGCGGGGUGCGAGUCGAUGAAGCACGCGUUCGAGGCGGGGGGGGACUUCCACUCGCGGACCGCGCACGGGAUGUUCCAGCACAUCAAGGACGCGGUGAACAAGGGGGACUGCCGCCUGGAAGAAGGCGUGGGCGAGGGCGGCUCCGAGGUCCCCCUCAUCAAGGACCUGUUCGGCAGCGAGCGCCGCAUGGCCAAGAUCCUGAACUUCUCGCUGGCGUACGGCAAGACCGUCUUCGGGCUGGCGAGCGACUUCGGGCAGUCGCUCACGGAGGCGCAGGCCACGCUGGACGCGUGGUACAGCGACCGCCCCGAGGUCCUAGCCUGGCAGGUGGAACAGCGCAAGCAGGCCAACGCCGUGCACUACGUCAACACCAUCCUCGGGCGGCGCCGGCACCUCCCGGACGCCGCGGGCGACGCGCGGCGCGCGCAGGGCGGCGACCGCGUCCUGCGCGGGGACGCGCAGCAGCAGCUCAAGUCCCUGUCGCGCGGCGACGCACCGGCGACGAUCGACAAGGCGCGGCUGCUGACGGAGGACCCGCUGAACUGGGUGUUCUCGGAUCGGAAGUCGCGCGGGCACGCGUUCCGCGCGGCGAUCAACACGCCGAUCCAGGGCAGCGCCGCGGACGUGGUGACGGCGGCGAUGAUCGAGAUUGGGCGCAGCCGGGAGCUGCGGGAGCUCGGGUGGACGCUGCUGCUGCAGGUCCACGACGAGGUGAUCCUCGAGGGGCCCGCGGAGUCGGCGGAGCGGGCCAAGGAGAUCGUCGGCGAGUGCAUGAACCGACCCUUUGCCGGGCACAACCCGCUGGGCGUGGAUCUCUCCGUGGACUCGAACAUCGGCCAGACGUGGUACGAAGCGAAGUGA